AAAUUAAAAAGUUAGUUUGACAGUGCCAGUCUAGCUUUAUCACAAAAAAUAUUUUGGGAUAAUUUAUUGCCUUAUUUUAAUGAAUUUUGGCGUCCUCUAUUGCCUUCGAACUGAGUAAAAUCGCCACAAAAUGUGUAUGCAUUAAAGUGUUUUCCUAAGAUUGCGUGUAGCUGUGCUUAAAUGUCGGAACCUGAUAAUCGAUUGUGAUGAGGAGCAAUGUCGCGUUGCAAAGGACCAGUUUACAAUCGUACAAAACGAAAGUAAUAAGUUGACCGUUCACUCCACGUAGUAUAAUUUGUUCCUCAAUUAAAAUUAAGGUAUUUUAAGGCUUAGAAAAUGGCGCAGACCGUGCGACGCGCUAUAGAAGGGAGAUACCCUUCAUGCUACAUACCAAAUAGAAUAAAGGAAAGACGGGCGAAAGCCAGGGCAUUGAGACUGGAACAGCAACGCAAGCCGGACAAGCCAGAGGAUUUUGUCUGCUACUCUGACAGUGACAGCGAGGAGGAGACGCCCACGCAGCAGCACCGCACCCUCACCACGUCCUACAACUUUGUGGACUAUGUCCGCUCACGGGAGACCCUUGAACCAGAGCCGCGCUCUGUGGACCCGUCCUACGCAACGCGGCACAUGCUGACACACGACAUGUUCCGCGAGACGCCGGUCAGCCUCGGCAACAUGAACAAGGUGUUCUGCUCGCAGUGGCUCAGUGACCGGCAGGUCGUGUUCGGCACCAAGUGUAAUAAGCUGAUGGUCUACGACGUGCGCACCCGCUCGCUGGACGCGAUCCCGACGCUGCGGCCGCGCGCGCCCUGGGCCGGCGCCGAGCACCAGACCGGCAUCCACGCGCUGCAAAUCAACCCCUCCAAGACGCUGCUGGCGACGGGCGCGCGCAACUCGUGUGAGCUAGCCGUGUACAGCCUGCCGACACUAGACCCCGUGUGUGUGGGCGAGGCGCAUAAGGACUGGAUACUGGACAUGUGCUGGCUCGACGACCAGUUCCUGGUGACGGGGUCGCGCGACUCGAAGCUCGCGCUGUGGCGCGUGGACGAUGAGCCCCCCGCCCCGCAGCCCGAGCUCCGGUACAUAGCGCCCCUGUGCCUCAAGGAGUGUCGCUCAGGUCAGAAAGUCCGCGCGCUGACGUUCAACCGCAACUGGCGCGAGGUGGCCGCGCUGACGCUGAACGGCUACAUCCACGUGUUCAGUGCGGACACGUUCCGUCAGACGCUGUCGAGGAAGCUGCCGUCGUGUCAGGACCUCGUGUGUUUGGCUACACAGGAGAGCGGAGUAUACGCGAUCGGCUGCAAGUCCUACACUCUCCUACUGGACGCUCGCACGCUACAGUCUGUGAAGAAGAUCACGUCGCGGUACAACGGCUGCGGCAUCCGGAGCGCCAGCUUCCGCGGCCACAUGCUCACCAUCGGCACCGGGCUAGGUUUACUAAUGUUCUACGAUCUACGAGCGGGGAAAUAUUUGGAGAGCAACAUUCACUCGUCAAAAACUGUCACUCUCAGGGCUUCCAGGGGAUAUGUGUUCCCAGACGAAGAGGCGGACGGCUUCAACCAAGUGAAAUACGUGCCCGCAAUCUACACGCACUGCUACGACGAGAGUGGGACGCGAAUAUUUACGGCGGGGGGGCCGCUGCCCGCGCCGCUCAUAGGCAACUACGCCGGCCUGUGGCAAUAGCUGUAUAGUCUGUGGUAAUUUACGGUGCUCUGUGGCGGUGGUGAUGGGCUACUUUGGUAGUCUGUGGUUGAAAGAUCUUUUAGCUGAUCAGAAGUUUUAUGCAACGCUAUAUAAAUACAUCAUAAAUACAAUAAACAAACUGUGAAGGGAAGUGAACUAACAUAAGUGUUGGCUCAAAAUAACAUGUUUCCAGGGCCGAUAAAACU